AUGAAUGGAGGCACCCAGCUUCAAGGAGGUUUUGCAUCGAAAGUUAAUAAAUUUGGUACUUAUGUAAAACCAGGAUAUGAUGGAUUAUUUGGGAUGUCUACGAAUGUUAAUAUAAGUAAUUGGGGCGGUAUUGCAGGAAAUGGAUAUUGGAGUGGAGGUUCGCCUGCCUGGGCAGGUGCUGGAGGUGGAGGGAGCUCGUUUGUAUCAGGGCAUGAAGGAUGUAUAGCUUUGAACAGCUCUGAAAAUGAAAAUCCUAAUCCAAAUAAUAGCUCAGUCCACUAUUCAAACAUAGCUUUUUUGCAGCCAUCUAUGCAUAGAGGUAACACAACAAUGCCUCUCUAUUAUUCGCCGAAUGCCUAUGGGAUAGGAAAUAAAGGUAGGGGCUGUAUCAGAAUAACAAUAUUAAGCUUCCCAGAACCAACUUGCAGAUCAUUUUUAUCUUUUUCUUUUAAUAUUUUAUUAAUUUCGGUGUUUAUAGUUAUGUAA